AAGUUGAAUUCAUUUUAUAGGACUUUAAUCAUUCUCUGUUAGUUAAAAAGGAAUAUUUGGUUUUGAUGGUUUUUUCUCUGUAUAAUGGGCUGAUAUGAAUAAUUUGAUUUAUUAUACACCAUGGAGUAUAAAAGCUUAAGAGUGGGCUCUCGUUUCAGCUGGUGAUCUUCGAACUGACGGAAAAAGGAUAGGCUACUAUGUAUUCGUUUUGUUCGUGUUCGUUUUACGUUAGAUAAACGGUGGUGCUAGACAUUGUUGGAUAUUUGAUGUACGUUUGCGUCCGAUCCAGAAGUUUCCAGAGCAUUUGCGAAGAUAAUUUCUCGAUAAGAACCUAAAUUUCGCUUCGCAAAGCAUUAUCAGUUCCCUCGAUUCUGUUCUGUCGGUCGUAAGUUGUUCUCCGUAGAAACAGUGUCAGAGCAACUGUUUUCCAAAAUGCCCUUGUUCGGAUCACUGAUGGGUGAUCUUGACGAUGAUCCUUUUUUUGGAUCCCAAAUGAGGUCCAUGAGACAGAUGAAUGAUAUGAUGAAUUCAUUGUUUAAUGACCCAUUUGGGAUGAUGGGUGCAAAUGCUAUUACAAACGGAGGACAUAGGGGUAGGAACCCUCAGAACAAUCUUCAGAUGACACCAUUUGGAUUUCCACCUAUGCCAUCGUUCAAUAUAAACAGAAUCUUUACAGACUUCGAUAAUAUGGGACAAGGUGGAAAUUGUCAUUCGUUUACUUCAAGAUCGGUAAUGACUAUGGGCAAUGGUCCUGAUGGUCGUCCACAGGUGUAUCAAGAGACCACAUCGACAACAACUGCUCCUGGAGGUGUAAAGGAGACAAAGAAAACAGUUUCAGAUUCUCGUACUGGAGUUAAAAAAAUGGCUAUUGGACAUCAUAUUGGAGAGAGAGCGCAUAUUAUGGAACGCGAACAUAAUGUUCGUAGUGGUGAACAGGAAGAACGUCAAGAGUUCAUUAACCUUGAUGAAGAGGAAGCAGAGAGUUUCAACAAUGAAUGGGAAUCGCGCACUCGCAAUGCAGCUGGCGCCAUUACUAAUUCUCAUUAUGGUGGCCAUGGUCAUAGAAGCCGUCCUGACCAUAGACAACUUGCUCUGCCUGAUCCAUCAGGAAGUCGAUACUCUAAUUCUUCAAGAUGGACACCUUCUUCCAGACGUAGUAUUAGAUCACCACCUACAUCUAAAACGUACACUUCUCCUCAUACCUUGAGUUCUGACGUAUCCGGUCGUAAUAAGUCUGCUGCUUCGCCAGCUAAACCAGCAGCAAUAACAGCAGCAGCAGCAGCAGCAGCAGCAACAUCGGCAGCAACAUCAGCAACAACAACAUCAGCAGCAACAACAGCAGUAACAACAUCAGCAUCUACUGCAAAUGCAACAGGAAAUCGAAAACGUGAACAUACGCCGGAUAUAAAAGUUAGCAAGAAGCGUCACGCAGUGUCAGAUAAUAAUAUUUAGAUCUUCAAAAACCAUUUAAAUUAUAUUCUGAUAAUACUGCAGAACCUCGGUAAACUCGUUGUUUAAACUAAUUUAUUGGAAACAGUAAAAAAAAUGAUUCACUCUUUCUGAUUUGUAAAACUAAUAUUUUAUGUAAGCUUUUUUCAUAUAUCUUAUCAAUUUUAAUAAAUCAGAGUAUCCUCUGAUCGAGUGCCCGAUCAACGAUAAAAUUUAAAUCUUUAAUUGAUAUAUCAUACAUUCACGUUUACCGAAGUUCCACUGCAAUUAUUUUCCAUUUUACACAUAGACCUACUAUUUCUUAGCAUCUAUGUGGAAAGCAUAAAUAUAUGUAGAGAUUCUGUGGAACAAUGUUUAAGGAUGUAAGAAGUGAGUAACGAUGGACAAAAAGUAUAUUACGUUGAUUUUUAACGUGUAUACAGAUACAUCAUCAAAGGACUGUUAAUUGAUUAUUGUUUUUCCGAAAGUUUAGUUUGUAAGUAAUAAUAACUGACUCGAUAAAAUAUUUUGUUCGUAAUUGAAACGAUCGUUUAAAGUAUUGCUUUUUAGGAUCUGAAGUAUUUUAUCUUCAUAGAGAUCUUAUUGUCUAAGAUUAAGUUCAAACAAAAUUCUUCUGAUAGUCGUAUUCUUUUUGGUACAAAAAAAUAUAUUUAAUCUUAGAAAUGUGUUCUUCAAGAGUGUACUCAACAAUGCCAAGUAUAAGAAGGAACAUAUUUUGGGGUAGUGUAUUUAUCAAUAAAUUAGUAACUACAUGAAAUUGUUUCCCUUGUCACUGUUCAUUCAAAUACAAAAGAUAGAUUUAGUAUAAUUUGGAACCCAGGCUUCAUAGUAACAAUAAAAAGAUCUGAAUAAUAUCAAAUAUCCCUAAUACAAUAAACUUUCCCUGAAAUUAUAUAUAAGCAUUAAACUAAUUUAGCCUUAUUUGGCACUGUUUUAAUGGAAAUAUCUAAUACCCAAUAGCUUCUAAUAUUUCACUAAACACUAAUAAUAACAUGUGCAAAUGAU